AUUUGUUUUCAUUCCUCUGCCUGAAAGAGCAAAAUGCAGAAAAUGCAUCUAAAGGUUGUACUUUGCUUCUCUUUGCUUCUUAGGAUCGGAUUAACCACUAUCCAUGCAACACGUACAAGCUUUACCACGACAAACGACCAGAGGGUCGGCUCAACAUUUCCUAGCAUGUAUAACAGGAGGAGCCUUUUGGAGAAUGGACUCGGACGCACUCCACAGAUGGGGUGGAAUAGUUGGAACCACUUUGCUUGUAAUAUCGAAGAAAAACUAAUCAGGGAAACAGCGGAUGCAAUGGUAUCAACUGGACUUGCAGCUGCAGGCUACAAAUAUGUCAAUCUGGAUGAUUGUUGGGCUGAACUAAACAGAGAUUCAAAUGGAAAUUUCGUUCCAAAAGCAUCUACAUUUCCAUCUGGAAUCAAAGCAUUAGCUGAUUAUGUUCAUACCAAAGGAUUGAAGCUUGGAAUUUACUCUGAUGCUGGAACUCAAACAUGUAGUAAGCAAAUGCCGGGAUCAUUAGGCCACGAAGAACAAGAUGCGAAAACCUUUGCCUCAUGGGGAAUUGAUUACUUAAAAUAUGAUAAUUGCAACAAUCAGGGUAUAAGCCCAAAGGAUAGGUAUCCAAUAAUGACAAAAGCUUUGCAGAACUCAGGAAGGGCUAUUUUUUAUUCUCUAUGUGAAUGGGGCCAAGAUGAUCCUGCUACUUGGGCACAUGCAGUUGGCAAUAGCUGGAGAACGACUGGAGAUAUAUCUGAUAAUUGGGACAGCAUGACUUCACGGGCCGACGAAAAUGAUAAAUGGGCGGCUUAUGCAAGACCUGGAGGGUGGAAUGACCCUGACAUGUUAGAAGUUGGCAAUGGAGGAAUGACAACAGAAGAAUAUCGUUCGCAUUUUAGCAUUUGGGCAUUAGCAAAGGCACCUCUAUUGGUUGGUUGUGAUGUACGAUCAAUGAGCAAUGCAACACUUGCAAUACUUAGCAACAAGGAAGUUAUCGCUGUGAAUCAAGAUAAACUUGGAGUUCAAGGGAAAAAGGUUAAGAAGAAUGGUGACUUAGAGGUUUGGGCUGGUCCUCUUGCACAUGGAAAAGUUGCUGUAAUCCUAUGGAACAGAGGAGGUUCAACAAGUCAAAUAACCGCUUAUUGGUCUGAUAUAGGACUCAAAUCAACGACAGUUGUUAAGGCUCGUGACUUAUGGGCGCAUUCAACUCGCAAAUCAAUCAAGGGGAAAAUCUCUGCAAGUAUAGGAUCUCAUGCAUGUAAAAUGUAUGUUCUUACUCCACAAUAAGGAGUUAAGGAACAUGAUUGAUCAAAUGCAAAUUUUAUUUGAAGGGGUCAUACUGUAAUAACCUGUUAUAGGAAUAAGAUUUGGGAAAGCAAAACCAAUUCAAUUUCA